AUGGAUUUCUUCUGUCAAAGAUGUUCAAAGCCAUUGGAGCUUGAUGAAUCAUUACUAGAGAUCGAUCAAUCUCUAUUUGUAAAUAAAGAUGAAAUAUCAAAUAUAAUUAAAGAUAUAUCAUUAAAAACAAAGAUAGCAUCUGCUGCUGCUGCUACAAAUGAACAAGAACAGCAGAGAGCUGAACAACUACAACUACAACAACAAUUACAAAAGAAUGCAGCUACUACAACAUCGGUAUCAAAGUUUAGUAGAGGUUUGUUUAAUAGAAAGAGUAAUAAAGAUUCUCCUCUAAAAGAUCAAAUCAAUACAAGUUCAAAUAAUCUAUCAAAUACUUUAACAACAAAUAAUAAUAAUAAUAAUACUACUAUAAAUACAUCUACAUCAACAUUAAAUAAUAAUACACAACAAACAACUCAACCAUUUUUUACACCUAUAUCAUCUUCAUCAACAUUGAAUAAUAAUAAUGGUAGUAUUAGUGGAUCACCAACUUCAUUUGGAUCUUUAUCGCAACAUAGAUUGUCGUCUUCGAUAUCUUCGUCAUCGUCAUCAUCAACAUUUUUAAAGGGUGCGUCGACUGGAAAGUUACCAACUAUCGACGUCGGCACUAUGUCUUCGUCAUCGUCGUCGUCGUCAUCAUCUUCUAUGAAUCGUCCUAUCAAAGGAUCGACAUCAUCAAUGACAAGAGGAUCAGAGGAUUUUUCAAAGUCGUAUGAACCGGGCAUGUUGAAACGAAUGGCGUCACAACAAAACAAGAGACACCAUUUGUCCAAUAGCACAAAGAAUCUGGCGAUCAAUACGAGUAUCAACAAACACCCUAUAUUGGCCAGUCCACCUGGUAAAUCAUCAACCAUGAUGCAACAUAGUAGUAAUAGUUUAAUGUCUAGUCCGGUACAAUCACAUCACGGCGGUAAAACACAAAAACUAAAGUAUCUGCGAUCAAAUGAAAAGUCUCAAAGUAUGGCAUCGUUGGAUCACCUUCAUAUGCACCAGUCUACUGCCUCUUCUUCUUUGACAUCUACUCCAUUGAUGAAUCCAAUUAAUCAUUCAAUGUCGGCAAUCAAUACUGCUGCGAUUGCUGGUGGAGUAGGAGGGAGUAGUACGACCAGCACGCCAAUUGGCAGUCCACCAAUGAUGGUUCAAGGAGGUAAUAGUAGUACGACUGGUACACCUACACAGAUUGGGAUGGGUGUGUCUGUCGGAUCGAGUCGGUAUUUGCAGGCAAUGUCACUAUUCAAGUUGGUGACAGAUUUGAUCAGCUACGAUUUGCCGCUGUGUUUAGAGUGCACCAAGAUGGCAAUCCACGAGAUGGACGAUGAGAAUGGCGUGCUCGAGGCAGAGAUUGACGUACGUCUACAGCUAUCGACAAGCUCAAGAAACUCAAAGAGACCAAUAUCCUCAACGACGCGUUCCACCUCUGGCACGACGGUCACUUCGGAGCAUAUCAACGGUAUGCCAAUCAAAGUACAAUUCACAAAUGAUGAUACCUGGACCAAGGCCCUCAAAUACAUGUUGACUAAUCUCAAAUGGCUUUUAUCUUGGGUUGCCAAAAAUGAAUCAACUCAACCAAUGAAUAUUAUAGCUCAACAACAACAACAACAAAAACAUCAACCUCCUCCUACCUCUCAACAACAACAAACUAAUACAACUCGUUCCUAA